AUGAACAACAGGCAACGGCUCACACUACCUCCCCCUUUGGGACUCGGGUGGUCUUCCCAAAACUCGCCGUCCAGGCGGUUGGCGUACCACACUUCUGGGUCGCCAGAAGCCGCCGCUGUUGAUCGGUUACUAGCUGAGGAGUUGGAUGCCUAUUCGGUCUCUUGGCCGGUGACUGGGCUAAGUGUCGUGACGGGAGGACGACGGGACCAGGACGAGGACCAGAACCAGAACCAGAACCAGAACCAGAACCAGAUCUGGACUCCUUCACGGUGGAUCGUCACCGGCUGCCUCGGUGAAGCAGCUGGCUAG